UUAGGGUCUUUCUUAACAUUCAGUGAUCUUCCACUCAAACCCACAUCAUAAAUCAUCACAAUUUUUGGUUGUUAGCUAAACAAGAAUGCAAAUGCAAUGUAUUGAGUUAAAGGCAUUGGUUGACAAGAAGAAGAAUAGGAAGAAAAUUCUGUUGAUGUUCUCUUCAGUUUCUUAACAAUCAUCAAUCUUGCUUCUAAUACGGAACCCAAAUUGAGCAAGGCUGUUUAUACAACUUGUAUCAAAGUGUUAAAAAUCUUGAUGCUAGGCUUCUCAUGCUAUUGCACCCUCCAAAUGCUGCUGCAACUCAUUGCAUAGCUCUCAAAUUGAAAAUUGAUGAUUAUGCAUUGAUUUUUUAUAAUAAAUAUUGGAGUAGACCAAACGACCGGUACCAAGUGCCAACACAAUGGAUUCAGAAUGUUGACAAACUGUACAUUUCUUCUAACUGGUCAUUUGAAAAGUUGAUUAUAUAUUGCAUUCACUCAACUUUGUUUCGCCAUUCAUUUUGGUGGUUUUACAAGAAGAACUUAAUCUUCAUCAGGUACGUACGGAGAUCAUACUUUGAAUAUUUUUCUAUAUUCUGUGUUUUAGCCAUCUGUUUAUAUAGAAAUAAGGUGAAAUGGAUUCUUACAAUUUUGGACUUCUCUUAUACUGUGUAAAGUUUGAUGAUUUUCUUACAUUUUUUUUUAUAUAUUCUUACUAUUUGAACUUCUGUAGCGCUUUUUGAUUUGAUUACCAAGGAGUAUUGUUAUCUUUGGCUGUCAUAAUUGUGUAGGUUUAUUUAAUUAUCUAAAGAAGAAUGCAAUUGAAGGGGGUAGUCGACAAGGAAAAGAAUAGAGUACUGUUUGUUGAAUCUGAUGAGGAUUUUGUUGAUGUUCUCUUUAGUUUUCUCACAAUGCCUAUGGGAGCAAUUGUUAAGCUCAUGAAUAUUGACCAACAAGCAACUAGAGUAGGCUGCAUGAACAAUUUGUAUGCGAGCAUAGAAAAACUUGAUGUUAGACAUCUGAGGACCGAGGCAUGUAGAACAAUGUUGCUACAUCCUCGGAAUGGAGCCGCAACUCUGUGCAAGGAACUAAAACUUCAAAUUCAUGAUACAGAAUCUCCCUGGCUCUUUUGUUGUGGGUUCCCUAAUUAUGGUUCUAAGUGCAAAUUGUUGAGUCAAUACGAAGGUACUAUUUGUGACUGCGGAGAAGGAAUGAACUAUCUUGCGACUUUUGUCGAGAGUCGGAAAAAGGAUGAAGUUUCUGAUUCUCAGGGUGGUGUUUUUGUUAAGCGACUCGCUAGAGUUAUGAUAAGUGAUAUAUUGCAAGUGAUGCCGCCUUCAACUACAUUGAGCUUUUCUUUGCUUUCCAAGCUUGGAGUUAUCGAUGUGACUGCCACUGAGGAGAGAACAUUUGACAUUGGAGUAGAUCAGGUUCUGAAUUUGCUGAAAAGCUCACUGGUAUCCAAGACACCCUUGACAGAUAUCUUAUUGAAGCCAAAAGAAAUACCUGAAUUAAGCAAGGAAACCUCGAAGCAACACAGUUUCUCUCUUAAAACUAAAUCAGGGGAAUACACAUCUAAAGGAAAAGACAAGAUCCUUAUUAAGCUCAUGCUGAGCAAAUCGAACAAAAAGGUUUGUUUUGCAGAGGUUGGUGAAGAUUUUGUUGACCUAUUCUUCAGCUUCCUUACCGUGCCACUUGGUUAUAUAUUGAAAGAAAUGAAUGGUGCUGCUUCAAAAGGAUGCAUCCAUCAUCUAUACAAUAGUAUUAAGUGUCUUGAUGUCGAGAAAUACUUCGAGUCAAAUGACCACAAAGAGAUUCUAAUGAGUCCCAAGAUUGCUCCUAGCUUUGGUUAUGAGAAUCAGCUACUGAGGGUAGAGACCGUUCACCCGGAAUAUUAUUAUGUGCCAGAUGAUUUUUAUCACUAUUUUUCUGCAGUCAAACCUACUAGUGGUAUAGCGAUUCCCUUAAGUGUAAAGGAUCCUAAAUUAUCUAACAAGAUUGCUAAAACUUGUGGAGGAUAUGUGAUGGGACCAGCAAUGUUUACAGUAACUGAUGAUCUGAUUGUGACACCCAUAUCCCCAAUAUCAGGAGUAUCUAUUUUAAGAAAAUUGAAGGUGCCAUUGAAUAACGUCGAGGAACGCUCUGUUUAUGUGGGCAGCGGGGAGGCUGUGCAUCUCAUGGUAAAUUCUUUUAUCUCAGAAUCUGCUUUAACCGAUACUUUCAUCUCCCAAGUACUCAAAGUUCCGAAGCAAGAAUCGUGAGCGUUUCAUCGGUCAUUAAGUGCUAGAACAAAAAGGAUGUGCUCGUCUAUGCGCAGAUUUUUGCUGUUUUGUAAUUGUUACUGAUAGAUACUACUUUUAUCAACUUACCUAGUACAAUAUAUUCAUUAUGGUAUUAAUUUAUGCUGAACUUGUCCAGAUUGCGUGUUAAUGCAUUUUUCAUGAACUUGGUGCUUUAUUCGGUUU